AUGAAGAUUGUUACUAGUUCUACAUAUGGUUCUUCAGAUCUUACUGAAGUAAUCACUGUUCCAAAUGCUCCUAUUUGUGUUGCCCCACAUCUAGCACUCCAUCCUGCAGGUCAGGGCGUGUCAUUGUACAUUCCCCAGUCUGCCAUCAAUGCCACGGUGGAGGAAGACAUCCUGCUCUCCGUGGAAUACUCCUGCCAUGGCAUCCCCACCAUCGAAUGGAAGUAUACAUCCACCUGGGGGGUGCAGAGGAUCGUGGAGUGGAAGCCAGGGACUCAGGCCAACAUCUCCCAGAGCCACAAGGAUAGAGUCUGCACCUUUGACAAUGGUUCCAUCCAGCUAUUCAGUGUGGGCGUGAGGGAUUCCGGCUACUAUGUCAUCACGGUGACCGAGCGCCUGGGGAGCAGCCAGUUUGGCACCAUCGUGCUGCAUGUGUCAGAGAUCCUCUACGAAGACCUCCACUUCGUCGCAGUCUUCCUUGCUUUUCUCGCUGCUGUGGCUGCAGUGUUAAUUAGCCUCAUGUGGGUUUGCAAUAAGUGUGCAUAUAAAUUCCAGAGGAAGAGAAGACACAAGCUCAAAGAGAGCACUACUGAGGAGAUUGAGCUACAGGAUGUUGAGUGUUAGCCAAGGCUGAGCCCAAUGACAUUCCUACCUCAAGAGGAAAACUAUUUUCCAGUGGAAGGAGCAAACAUACCAACCCAUGCUAAGAGCCUCCUGUUGUCCUGCCACAGCCGCCCAUUCCUGAUGGGCCUGCCGGCCGUGGACAGAGUGGACUGCAUGGAGUUGAGGACUCUGGAUUGGACCAAGUCAGUUCUUGCACGUGCAUGAAAGUCAAGAAGAGUGCUUUGCGUGGCUGCAGCCCAGAGCUGUGCUAACCCGCGGGCAAUGGCAUAGGGCAGGCACUGGCUGCUUGCUCACUGUGCUCUGCUCGGCCCAGAAUAUAGUCAUUGGAGGCGUCCCCAUGCCGGAGGCCAGAGUGCUCGAGGUCAGGUGUGCAGCCAGCAGGCUGUCUGUGCUCCUGCCUGCUCUGCCCUCCAACCCUCUGCUGUGGGGCUGUUAUGAGAAAACGUGAGGUCGGACGAGACCAAGGGGUGCUGCUGUGCUUUAGGGAGUUGCUCAGAGAGGGGCGAGCACCCCCAUGGCCUGGAACUUCAGGGA